GCCGCCAUUAGACCAAGAAGAAGAAAAUCCUGCACCUUCCGGUUAAGUACAAAUUAUGCAGCGCUUCAGUUGUUAUUCACUUCAGCGUGCCUGAGCAGAGAGGUGGCGCCAUGUUGAGCCCACAGAAGGAGGGGAUGCCCAGUAUGAUCGACAGCGCGCUGAGGAUGAGGAGAGAGGAGCAGGCUCGACAGGUGGUCCUCGCCUGGGCUGUGCUCAACGUGUCUCUGGCCGGGAUGAUUUACACUGAGAUGUCGGGGAAAUUGCUAAGCCGAUACUUUAACGUCACCUACUGGCCCAUUUGGUACAUUGAACUGGUGCUUGCCUCCCUCUUUAGCCUCAAUGCUCUUUUCGAUUUCUGGAAAUAUUUCAAAUACACCAUGGCUCCAUCCACCAUUGCUGUGUCCCCCCAUCAGCAUCGUCUCCUGGGCCUGAGGAACACAAGUAUUCAGGCCUCUCCGCCACAGAAGCCAGAAAAAAAGGAGACCCCGGCUCCAGACCAGUCAUGUCCCUUGCAGGGUCAGAGUGUUCUGAGUUUCAGCCCCUCCAGACCAGCCACCACCAGCCCCAAGUUCUCCCCCAGUUGUGUAUCUGGGUACAGCCCUCCCCUCGGCAGUCCAUCCACCCCAAACAGCGCAGGGGGACCCUUUUCCCCCUCUGUGGCCUUUGGAAAGGUGUUGAACUACAGCCCCUCCCCUGGUUCCUCUCCCUACCCCAGCAGCAUUGGUCCAGCAGAGGGCUCCAGCCUGAGGGCUCGAUACCGCACUUCACCCUCAGUGUUUAACUCCCCAGGAAGCAAGGAGGACUACAUGGAGGAUUUGAAAAGUCUGGAGAGGUUCCUCCGCACAGAAGAAGAGAAGGGUCACCGCAGCCAACUAGGAAGUCCAGAGUCUGUGUCUCCAAACCACAGUCCAACAUUUUGGAACUACAACCGCUCUGUGGGGGAUUAUGCUCAGAGUCUGAGGAAAUUCCUGUACCAGCCAGCCUGCCGCUCUCUGGCCCCGUCCGCCCACAAGGAUGAGACAGACCUGGGUUCCAAACAGGCUGCAGAGGAGGUGUGGGCCAGAAUCACAACCAGUCGCCCGGUAGUGGACCGCAUCGACAGCUGGACAGCCAAGCUUAGGAAUUGGAUAAGUGACACAAUCUUGGUCCCUCUGGUGAAGGAAAUAGACUCUGUGAACAGCCAGCUCAGGAGGAUGGGCUGCCCUGAGCUCCAGAUAGGAGAGGCCAGUAUAAGCAGCCUGAAACAGGCAGCGGUGAUGAAAGCCUCAUCCAUACCCACCAUGAACUCUAUUAUCCAGUACCUGGACAUCACACCCAACCAGGAAUAUCUUGUGGAACAGAUAAAAGAGCUGGCUCACAGCGGCUGCAUGAGCUCCUUCCGUUGGAACCGGGGUGGAGAUCUGAAGAACAGGAAGUGGGACACAGACCUCCCCACUGACUGUGCUAUCCUCAUGCACAUGUUCUGCACAUACUUGGACUCCAGACUACCCCCUCAUCCAAAGUAUCCAGACGGGAAGACGUUCACCUCACAGCACUUCAGCCACACCCCAGACAAACCUGAUGUAACCAAAGAGAACCUCUUCUGCAUCCACCAAAGCAGCACCACUCCUCCUCACUACCAGUUCAUCUACCAGGGACACAUCUACAGUCUACCCAAAGGCCGGAACAACCUGUUCCAUACGAUCCUCAUGUUUCUCUACGUCAUCAAGGCCAAGGAGUCGGGGAUGCUGGGGAGAGUUAAUCUUGGCCUCUCUGGUGUGAACAUCCUGUGGAUAUUUGAAGACUGAUGCAUUGUAAUUUACAAGCUGCCUACACUGGUUGGAGUAUCCACCUUAGCAGAAGGACUGCUCUUUACGGGACACAUGGGGGUGGAAAAAGCGCUUCUCUCUGACAAGAAAUUCAUAUUUUUGGACAGUUUCACAAUUUAUAUCUACACAUUGGCAGCAUGGGGUAUUUUCAUUGAUGCAAUGCUGUAACACCACAGUGUGCUUAUGAUACAAUCCAUAGUUGCAUUUUUAACAUUGUUUGGUUUUCUGAUUUUUUUUUUUUUUGAGAAUGCACCAGCAUUGUAGCCUUGUAAAAAAUAUACCUUAUAACAGGUGGAUUGCAAAGGGUUAAGGCUUGAAUGUAAAUACAGUUUUGCAGCUUUUUCUUGUUUGUUUAUUGUCUAAAUUGUUGUUGAACGAAUGACAUACUCCCGACAUGUGCUUGAAUUUACUUUAAAAAAAUUGACCUGUGCAAAAUGCGUCAAUGCUCCAAUAAUGUAAUUAUUGGAGUUUUGCUUGGUCACAAAUUUUUGUCUGUGCACAUUAUCAUGUUCAGUGUUCAUUUUAAUUGUGACAGAGAACAGAUGAAAAGCCUCUGGAUACAUGUCUUCUACAAAGGAGCUUUGGGUGUAAUUUAUCCUGACCUCUCAUCACCAUUCAUUAAAUUUAAUACUUUUUCAUCUUU